GCUUCAGUACGACAAUAGCAUUUUUAUUUAAAAAAAAAAAAAACUUGAUGCAUAAAAACACGAGAGAGUCACUUCGCCUCUGGCAAUUUAAGGGAAAGAGGGAAGGAAGUUUUAGAUGAUCUGCUUGUUUUAGUUUAAAUUGAUCGAUCGCGCCUACCUGAGGGAAGGAGCUGGAAGAGGUGGUGACCAGGAGGUGGAGGCGCCAAGAGGAUUUUAUGCACUCUUAGUGGCAUUGUGAUGGGCAGACCAGAUGACAUCACAGAGAGAGCGAGUGAGCGCCAAUGAAGAGGAGGAGGAAGACUGCUUUGCAUCCAUCAAACCAUCUCUUCUGGCUAAUGAGAAUUCCUCAGAGUGGUCGAGCCUGGACGAGGAAGCCAAACAAGAGUCCGGUGAGCGAGGGAGCAGGAGCCUGGUGCUGAGGCUGGUAUGAGCGAAGAAGAUUGUCAAGCCUUUUGGGUGUGAGCAACCACCCACCAGUGGAGUCGUUCUUCCUGCAAAACAUCAGUUUGCUUUGAAUCGUCAGUGUCCGAAGAGGCGUGGAGUGGAGACCAUGUGGUGUUCGAAGCUGCUCUUACCGUUAUUGCUCAUCAUCAAUGAUGUCAGCUCCCAGUGGAACGUUUGGGUGCCACGUGACAUCUCAGCCAUGACCAACACCUGCGUGGUCAUCCCGUGCACCUUCAUGUACCCAUCGGGCAUAAGGCCAUACCGCGGCGUCCACGGCAUCUGGUACUACGGCCAACCCUACCCGCAACUUUUCCCGCCGGUGGUGUUCAAAACACGCACUGAUGUGGUGCACGAGAGCUACAAGGGUCGGACCAAGAUGCUGGGCGACCUGGAGCAGAGGAACUGCACGCUCCUCAUUAACAGCCUUGGCCCGGAGCACUCGGGGAAAUAUUACUUUCGCGCCGACCUCGGUGGGGCCAAUAUAUACACCUUUCCGGACUUUGCUGAGCUUAAUGUUUUAGAACAACCCAACGUCGACGUCCCGGAAGAGAUUGUGAGCGACGAGAGCCUGACCUUAACGUGCUACGCUCCUGACAACUGCCCAGACAUGAGCCCCGAGAUCGAGUGGAUGUACACAGACUACCUGCCUGACCCCGAGUUCAGCUCCGACUCCCUGGAGGAGGGCAACACGGUCGUGCUCUCCCGCACGCUGGUGUUCACCCCCAGGCCGGUGCACAACGGCCAGCUUCUGGGCUGCCGGGUCUACUACCCCAACACCACGUUGGUCUAUGAGAGGCUUGUCUCUCUGGAUGUUAAGUAUGCUCCCCGUUCAGUGUGGGUGAACGUCUCCUCAGAGGUGAUGGAGGGCAGCUCUGUGACGUUGCACUGCGAGGUGGACAGUAACCCCCCUCCCAGGAUCUCCUGGAAGUUCGGAGCCCAGGAGCUGCUGUGGGACACCGCGUCCAACCUGUCCCUCACCGUGGACGACGUGACGCCGGCAGAGGAGGGCGUAUACACCUGCGUGGGCGAUAACGGCUACGGCACCAUGAAUACCUCGCUCUACUUGGCUGUCAAGUAUCCUCCUCGUGAGCCGACAAUGAACGACUCUCUCACCGUACUCGAGGGCGCCUCGCUGAUGCUGCACUGCAGCACCCAAGGCAGCCCACCGCCCACCCUCUCCUGGUUGAAGGACGGCGAGCUGGUGGGCACCAUCACUGCCGAAGAGCUGUCCGUGCUGGAGAUCGAGCGCAUCACGCCGCAGGGCGACGGCCAGUACCGCUGCCUUGCUGAGAAUGAGCACGGCCGGGCCAGCAGCUCCCUCAACAUCACCGUGGAGUAUGCUCCCGUCCUUCUGGACGAGUCCAAAUGCACGGUGGUGCGGGAAGGCGUCCAGUGUGUCUGCAUGGCGACGGGAAACCCCGAGCCCACCAUCGAAUUCUACCUGCCCGAUUUGAACGUCACCAUCAAUGAGACGGAGGGCCGCUACAACUUCUACACACACACUGACGGCCAGACGUCCACGGGUAUGAUCAAACUGCGGGAGAAGGGGGAGCGGGCCAGUAACGACGGUCCUGCAGUUAACGUCCACUGCAGCAUCUCCAACAUAUACGGAAGAGAGAGUGUCCUCUUGGAGCUGCAGCAGGAGAAAAAGUAUCUCAUGGCAGUCAUCGUGGGAACAAUCGGUGGAGUGGCGGUCAUUGCCUUUAUCAUCGCGGCAGUGAGAUACGUGGGCCACAACAACAAGAAAGAGAAUGGCUUUCCUAGGCAGGACGCGGUCCUGGAGAACCCCGCUUUGUACUACAGCGCAGUCAAGAAGGACAAACAAAAUCUGAGGAAGAAAGUGCUUAAGACUGAGCUGUUGGGCUCAAAGUUUAACUCCAUUCUAGAGGAGAGCACGGGAGAAGACGGGGAUUUCCAACCUGCAGGCCCUCUGGCAGGCAUGGAGAGGCGAGAGCUGAACUAUGCCGCCCUCGAGUUGGGCGGGCCCAGGGAGGGGCUCUCGGGGAGGGGGGACGAUGGCAGCAGCUACGCCGAAAUCAAAGCCAAAUGAAUCGCGAUCCUUCCCUGAUGCCUCGGCCGUGCGAGACGCAGUUGCAACCGCCCCCACCCCCAUUUUUUUUCUUUUUGGUUUGAUUUUCACACAUAGUUGCUAGACAUUUCUCCACGGAACAAGACCAAGUGGAAGAAUUUAUUGGCAUUCAUAGCUAGUUGUGUUUACCCGCGUUUUUCUCUACUCGGGUGUUAUGGUAUUCCAAAAAUGACGGUACGGGGUCCUCGGUUUACAAUGAUCCCAACAUACAAGUUUUCUGGGUUAUAAAGUACACUUUAAAUUAGUGCAGGAAUUACUUUUUUAAAUAUAUUCACGGCUUCCAAGUUUUUUAGUACAAAAUCUACUUUGAUUAUGACGUAGGUUCAUGAAAGUAUGUUCCGUAUUAUAUUCAAAUUCUCAGUACAUCGCCACUUGGAAGAACAGAAAGAACUUGGCCAUAAAACCAAGGAGCCCUUGAUGGUUCUGUUCACAUUUGGGUCAAUAGUCUGAAUAUCAUCAAAAUAAUUGUGAAAAUUUCAUUUUUAACAAACAUUGCCAAUUACCAACUUCUCAGAAAACUAUUCUGAUUUUACUUUACUUUUAGUAGUGCAUCGUUUUACUCAUUCAAUAAAAACUGAUAGGAAGUCUGAAGAUUUCAAGGAUAAAGUCAUUAUUACCAAGUUGUAAUGUACAAAACAUUUGUUCAGGGGCCUGAAGCUAAACUGCACUUUUUUAUUUAUUUUUUUAGUUGAGUUGAUGUCUAGUACCGAGACAAAAAAAAAAAUCCCGUACCAUUCCACCUGAUGUCUCUGCACUUGUUGCACCGCUUGAGUCGACAUUUGUCUUGCGUCCAUUUCUGCGUGUCGUUGUCACUGUGUCUGCUGCCAGUCAAAGCAUGAGGGAAAGGAUAACGCUGCUUUUUUUUGGUCCUCCCCUACGGAAGUUCAAAACGGUCACACUUUAUAUUCCACUUUCACAAGGGCAACAAGGUGAAUUACUGUGACCUUUUCGGACUUCCGUAAGUCCUCCGUCCUUCUUUUUGUCCGACGGGAGAUAGACGGAACCUUAUGUCGGUAUUUUAUAUCGUAUUUAACCUGUACAGUAAACAAAAUGGUUGCCGUCUCCUAUAAGUCAUUAAAAAACAUUUAGAAAUGUAACAACAUCAGUAUUUGAUGGUUUUUGGGGAUGAAUUUGUUUUUGUAUUCCACCAAACUGUCGCUAACGCACGGUUCUCUGAUUGAUGGGGAAAAACGCAACAAAACACACUUUGAGAGUGUUAUCUCGUUUUGACAAUAUGUGUAUAUGUGCGUGUAUGUGUGUUCAAAUUGUGCUGGGACAUUUCACAGUUGCUUUUUUCGGGAACAUUUGGGGCUCUUUUGCGUGGAUGUUGUCACAUUGUUGCGUCAGAUGUUUACGUUUGUGUGGUCAGAGAGAAUUGAAAUAAUACACUGUAUCAUUGCUAAGCUAAUAGUCUAAUUUAAUAACCAUGAUAUCGAUAACAUAUUAAUGCAUAUGUAUAUUGAUGAAAAGCAAAAUGCGAGUACAAACAAUAUAAGGGAGUUCCAAAUAUUGCACCAAACAUUGUUGUUGAUGAUGUUUUGGAUGAUGUCAAACAUAGUAUAUGUUGUGUAUUUCUGGUCUGUCAACCAUUAAAGAA